UCAACUUUUAGAAUUCCAAGACUAGGUUCUUAUUUCUUGCCAUAGGUGCAUUCUGAUGAUUGUUCUUGGUUCUUUUCAUCUCACAGCUGCUGAUGGCCCAGGAGAUCGUUUCAUCAUUGGAGAAUCCCAAGCUGGUGAACAGCCGACUCAGACAGUAAUGCCAGGACAAGUCAUGCGGGUUACAACAGGUGCUCCAAUCCCCUGUGGUGCUGAUGCAGUAGUACAAGUGGAAGAUACUGAACUUAUCAGGGAAUCCGAUGAUGUACGUCAUUACCAGGGCACUGAGGAGCUUGAAGUACGAAUUCUGGUACAAGCUCGGCCAGGCCAAGAUAUCAGACCCAUUGGCCAUGACAUUAAAAGAGGGGAAUGCGUUUUGGCCAAAGGAACCCACAUGGGCCCCUCAGAGAUUGGUCUUCUGGCAACUGUGGGUGUUACAGAGGUUGAAGUUAAUAAGUUUCCAGUGGUUGCAGUCAUGUCAACAGGGAAUGAGUUGCUAAAUCCUGAAGAUGACCUCUUACCAGGAAAGAUUCGAGACAGCAAUCGUUCAACCCUCUUAGCAACAAUUCAGGAACAUGGUUACCCCACAAUCAACUUGGGAAUUGUGGGAGACAACCCAGAUGACUUACUCAAUGCCUUGAAUGAGGGUAUCAGUCGUGCUGAUGUCAUCAUCACAUCAGGGGGUGUGUCCAUGGGGGAAAAGGACUAUCUCAAGCAGGUGCUGGACAUUGAUCUUCAUGCCCAGAUCCAUUUUGGCAGGGUUUUUAUGAAACCAGGCCUGCCAACAACAUUUGCAACUUUGGAUAUUGAUGGUGUAAGAAAAAUAAUCUUUGCACUACCAGGGAAUCCUGUGUCAGCCGUGGUCACCUGCAAUCUCUUUGUUGUGCCUGCACUGAGAAAGAUGCAAGGCAUCUUGGAUCCUCGGCCAACCAUCAUCAAAGCCAGGUUAUCAUGUGAUGUAAAGCUAGAUCCUCGCCCGGAAUACCACCGGUGUAUACUGACUUGGCAUCACCAAGAGCCACUCCCUUGGGCACAGAGUACAGGUAAUCAGAUGAGCAGCCGUCUGAUGAGCAUGCGCAGCGCCAACGGUUUAUUGAUGCUUCCUCCAAAGACAGAGCAGUACGUGGAGCUCCACAAGGGCGAGGUGGUGGACGUCAUGGUCAUCGGGCGGCUAUGAUGGUCGCCGGUGCGAGAAAGCCCUGAUGCAUGUCCACAUAUCAUCGACUGUAUCCUGUAAUAUGCAGCGGCACAGCUAGUUUUUCUGAUUUGGAUAAAAGUUGAUCUGUAUAGUCAACAUCUUGAACUAUAUUUCAAAAGAAUUUAAAUACCUUUUAAAGAAAAAAACACCUAAAAAUAAAUCUUAACAGACAACUCUAUUCUGAUUAUAUCAAAGCAAAUUUUUCCUUUCUUGCAAAUUGCUUUGUGUGUUCAAUGCUAGGUCUGAUAGCGAUAGCUUUUAGUAGACAGCAGUAGGUGCCUGCAGAACUUGUGUUUUUCUCAUCUUUAAAAUACAACUACUUAUGCUCUUAAAUCAAGGCUGUCUGCUUAUUUAUACUAGCGUAGGCAACACUUGGAUUUCCCUUCUUAGUAUGCUUCAUAACUGCUUUACAGAGAGCUUCCGCUUGUUCUUGAUCCUGUAUCGUGUUUAUGUGCACAGUGCCAAGCAGAGAGUGGCUGGGUGGCGGCCCUGCCCGGCCUCCGGGAGAGCCAUCGGCGGGCGAGGAGCGGCUCUCAUCCCAGUAGCCUCGUGGCACAGUACUCUUGGGCAGUAACUGGAUACCUUUUAUUUGAACAAACAAACUGGGGGGGAAAUGCUUCCUUAAGUGCUGACAGCCUUUUUAACCAAUACAUUUAAAAUUGUACAGAACAAAAAAUAAAAUCAAAGACUGAUCUUGUACAGAUAUUAGUGUUACCAGCAUUCAUGUGGAAAUCAAGAGCAAAGAAAAAACAAUGUUAAACAACUCUGUACCAUAACAUUUUCUGUAAUGACACUGGAACUUAAUGAAUAAAAAAAUCCUUGGUCAUUAUUUAAAA